AUGAUGAAAUUGCCGCUGAAGAUCAACACCAAAGUACAAGUGUUCGUGUUCAAUGAACCACGCCGCCUGCUUCACUCUGCUUCGAUAGUGAAAGCUAUUCCCCCUUUCCCUCACGAAUCCUAUCCACAGGAGGUUCGAUCCUUUAAGCCUCCGAUCUUGUCUGCAUUUGCCUUUUAUUCUUCUGAUCUCGAUAUCCAAAAAUGGCAGAUCUUGAAGCACCAUUGGUACGCCCAAAACGAAAGAAAAUUUGGGUGGACUAUUUUGUCCAAUUCAGAUGGAUUAUUAUCCGAAUGGAAAUCAUACAAACAACGCCAAAAAGAACACGAAGAAAACGUCAAAAAAGUCGUGAAACGUCUCGCAGAACGAAACCCAUCGAAAGACGGGCUCGUAUGCACCGCCCGAAAGCCCUGGAUCGCGGUCGGAAUGCGAAACGUUGACUACAAGCGCGCCCGCCAUUUCGAAGUUGACCUUUCCGCCUUCCGGAACAUUCUAGAAAUAGACCAAGAACGAAUGAUCGCAAAAUGCGAACCCUUGGUCAACAUGGGUCAAAUCACGCGGGCCACGGUCCCAUUAAACCUCGCGCUCGCGGUCGUUGCUGAGCUGGACGAUUUGACAGUUGGCGGGCUUAUCAACGGGUAUGGAAUCGAGGGGAGUUCGCAUUUAUACGGGCUUUUUUCCGAUACCGUAGUGGCAUAUGAAAUUGUUCUUUCCGGUGGACGUGUUGUUAGAGCUACACGAGAGAAUGAGUAUUCCGAUCUUUUCUAUGCCAUUCCGUGGUCCCAAGGAACUCUCGGAUUACUCGUUUCCGCCGAAAUCAAACUGAUUCCGAUCAAGGAAUACAUGAAGCUAACUUACAAACCCGUGAGAGGAAACAUUCGUGAUCUCGGCCAAGCUUAUAUCGACUCAUUCGCACCACCUUUCGGGAUAGAUAAUGACGAAAGUACCCCUGAUUUUGUUGAAACGAUGAUUUACAACGCGAAUGAAGGUGUUUGUAUGACGGGAAAGUACGCGUCGAAAGAAGAGGCGAAGACGAAAGGGAAUAAGAUAAAUAGUGUCGGGUGGUGGUUUAAACCGUGGUUUUAUCAACAUGCUCAAACGGCUUUGACAAAAGGGGAAUUUGUCGAGUAUAUUCCGACGCGUGAGUAUUAUCAUAGACAUACGCGGUGUUUGUAUUGGGAAGGGAAGCUUAUUCUUCCGUUUGGUGAUCAAUGGUGGUUUAGGUAUUUGCUUGGGUGGAUGAUGCCACCAAAGGUUUCUUUACUUAAAGCUACACAAGGUGAAGCUAUUCGAAACUAUUAUCAUGAAAUGCAUGUCAUUCAAGAUAUGCUUGUUCCUCUUUACAAAGUUCCCGAUGCUUUAGAAUGGGUCGAUCGUGAAAUGGAGGUGUAUCCACUAUGGCUAUGUCCACACCGGUUGUUCAACCUACCAUGGAAAACGAUGGUGUACCCGGAGCCAGGGUUUGAUGAAGAGAUGAGACAAGGGGACACGGCGUAUGCGCAAAUGUACACGGAUGUCGGUGUGUAUUAUGCACCGGGACCCGUGUUGAGGGGGGAGGUGUUUGAUGGGGCGGAUGCGGUUCGGAGAAUGGAAAAUUGGUUGAUUGAGAACCAUGGGUUUCAGCCACAAUACGCGGUGUCUGAACUGAAUGAGAAGAAUUUCUGGAGGAUGUUUGAAGCGGGGCUUUAUGAAGAGUGUAGGAAUAAGUAUGGAGCUGUGGGGACGUUUAUGAGUGUUUAUUAUAAGUGUAAGAAAGGGAGGAAGACGGAGAAGGAGGUUCAGGAAGCUGAGCAAGCUCAGGUGGAAGUUCCUUAUGCUGAAGAAGAUUGAUUGGUUUGGUAGUUUAGAUGUAUGGAUUUAGUGUCACGGUUGAUUGGGUUUCUUGUUGAUUAUUAUUAUUGUUUGUUUGCAGAGACUAAGAACAUGAAACAUUAUUUGAUUUGGACCUUAAUUAUCAUCGGUUUUCGUGUUUGUUUUUGGGAAACUGGUCACGUCAUAAGUCAUAAUCAGUCCCUUUGGAUAUUAGCCUGGAAAGAAAGGAUUGGUAUUAAAACAAGAUUAGGCAACCUUGAAAGUUGAAAUAAAUCAAUUUUGUUUUUCUUGAAAUAAAUGAGAAGCUAUUUUAUAUUAACGUUGUAAAGCUUUUUAGUUUAUACAUGAGGCACUUUUUAAGAGCAGAUAGUAUCACAACCUAUUCUGCUAUUACAUCUUUAGACACACUUGACAUUUAAAUGUAGCUAUAAAUAAAU